ACCAUUUGAGACCGGGCGCUAGUCUCUGGGGGAAGUCUUCCAUUAAUUGCAGACUGCAGCGCUUUGCACCAAAGAUCCUGCUCUGCUAUAGGAUCUUUGCUUUGCACCGGUCGCUCUGCUGGAGCGGCGAUCCUCGGACCGCCGGAGGAGGCAAUCGCAGCACAUUUGGAUCCUGCAAUUGGAGGUGAAUGUCAGGCGGGCGGCGUGACGCAGCGCAUCCCGGGGAGGAACACUAGUACCAAAAUGGCUACAGCCGUUGAGACAAAAGCUAUCUUGCGGUGUGCUGAUGCAGUUUGCUUUGAUGUAGACAGCACAGUAAUAAAAGAAGAAGGAAUUGACGAGUUGGCAAAGUUUUGUGGAGUCGGGGAUGCUGUGGCAGAAAUGACACGGAAUGCAAUGGGUGGAAAUAUCUCAUUUAAGACGGCUUUAACGGAGCGCCUAGCUAUAAUCCAACCUUCACGAGAUCAAGUGAAUAGACUUAUAAAUGAUCAACCCCCUUGCUUAACUGAGGGCAUAAUGGACCUGAUUGAUCGACUUCAACAGCGGAACGUGCAAGUCUUCCUGAUCUCUGGUGGAUUCCAUUCCAUUGUGGAACACAUAGCAGCAAGGAUCAAUAUUCCCCUGAGCAAUGUCUAUGCAAACAAGCUGAAAUUUCAUCUCAAUGGUGAUUACGCUGGUUUUGAUGAAACACAACCAACAGCAGAAUCUGGUGGGAAAGGCCGGGUCAUAGGUCUUCUGAAAAAAGAAAGAGGAUUUAAGAAGGUCGUUAUGAUUGGGGAUGGCGCCACAGACUUGGAGGCAUGCCCGCCUGCAGAUGCAUUUAUCGGAUUUGGUGGGAAUAUUAUCCGACAACAAAUAAAGGAGAAAGCCAAAUGGUUCGUCACAAGCUGUCAAGAAAUUACUGCAGAACUGGAACAGUAACUAUAUUUUAAAUAAAAGACAACGUACUUUAUUAAAAUAUAUAUAUAUAAGGAAAACUUCUUGAGUGCAUUAUAAUAAAUUAAAUCUAAUAAAUUGUUCCUUUCCCCAUUUUAUUUCUGGCUCGCUCUCUAUGUGAAAAGGUGAUGCAACUCUAGAGUAGUGCGGUUGUGGUGCCAUUGUCACAAGGCAGACUUUGUAUCCUGCACCAACCACCCACGAUGGGCUGUAGAACUGUAUGGUGAUCAGACUCAAAACACAAAUCUAUGAUGAUUGUGCUUUGGGAACCACUCUCGUCCAUAUUGCAUAUCUAGGCUAAGCAGUGUAUAACUUUUCCCGGUCUGCAGUUAGUGUCACCUGCAAGAGAACAUUGGUUGACUGGGAGCAUAAUGUUCUUUCUAAGUAUGUUUGGAAACACAGUAAA